AUCACUUUGCUCUUUAACUGUGCUCCUCAUAGUGUGCAGCUCACUCUCUGUGCUGUUUUAAUCUAACAGCAGAGGGGGGGAGACAUUAACGGGUCAUGCCACUCAAUGUCGUGCUGGACGGCCCGGCCCCCUGGGGGUUUCGGCUGACGGGAGGGAAGGACUUCAACCAGCCUCUGACCAUCUCCAGGAUCACACCCGGCAGUAAGGCCUCCGUAGCUAACUUGUGUCCCGGGGAUGUCAUCCUGGCCAUCGAGGGGGUCCCGGCUUCAGACAUGCUGCACUGUGAAGCCCAGAACAAGAUUAAAGAGUCCACCAGUCAGCUCUGUCUCACUGUGGAAAGAAAUGAUUCCAGACUGUGGUCACCUCGUGUUGUGGAGGACGGCAGAGCUCACCCGUUUAAGAUGAACCUCUCAGCAGAGCAGGAGGAAUACAAACCUAUUGGCACAGGUCACAAUCGAAGAGCGCAGCCGUUUGUAGCAGCAGCAAACAUCGAUGAUAAGCGUCAGGUUGUCAGUACGUCCUACAACACUCCCAUAGGCCUCUACUCCUCUGGGAACAUCCAGGACGCCAUGCAGGGGCAGAUCAGAGGCCUGGUUCCCCAAAAGCCUGGAAGUCCAAGGCCUCUGACCAACAUUGAGGACUCUGACGUGUAUCGGAUGCUACAGAACAACGUGGAGGAACCACAGGAGCCGAGACAGUCUGGUUCCUUUAAAGCCCUACAGGAGUUUAUUGAUGGAGACGGCACUCGACCCAUUGUGACCAGGACGGUAAAGGCCCCGACAACCAAACCGACUCUGCCCACAGGAAACCUGCAGAAACUGCCCAUCUGUGACAAGUGUGGGAAUGGGAUUGUCGGGACGGUGGUGAAAGCGCGAGACAAAUACCGUCACCCCGGCUGCUUUGUGUGUAACGACUGUGACAUCAGCCUCAAACAGAAGGGCUACUUCUUCGUGGAGGGGCAGCUGUACUGUGAGACUCACGCUCGAGCUCGAAUGAGACCACCAGAGGGGCACGACCUCAUCACGACAUAUCCCUCUGCAUAGAUCCCCCUCUCAGUCACACAAACAGGCAAUUUCUGCCAAAUACCCCGCGUCCUACAUCUGUUUGUGUUCACUUCUUUGUUGUCUGCGUGAAUUAUAUUCUAUAAAGAACCUUGUUGGUCUUGGUUUAUUUGGAAGCUCUGUACGUUUCAAAGGUGAUAAACGAAGUUGUUAAUGGAGUUGAGCUGCAGUGAGAAUAAAUACAAAGAUUUGACUUGAUCAUAUUUCCAGUCUGUCAUAGCUUUCAUCUUCCCAAUAAAAGACCUUUGUUCAUACUG